UAUUCUCAAGGCAAGAGCCCUCUUGCAAAAACUUCGACCAAGUCAAUAUAUGACAGGUGCUCAGUGUUUUUAUAAUUGUUUUUCAAGAGGAUUUUUCCUCAGUUUCCCAAUAAAUCAUGCAAUCAAAUAGUGAAAAUAGUGAUUUUUCCGGUGUUGACUUUGCCGGAAUCCGGGCACUUGACCCCGGGGGACUGUACCAAGUGAUAAACCUGCGAAACCAAGAGUUUAUAGAUCAUACAUUUCUUGGUCAAGUAGAAAUUCAGGAUACUUUAGUGGUUGAUGUGAUGCCAGAUAGAUCUACGGAUGCUGCUCCUGCAAAUGGUUUUAUAUCAAAUGACCAUACGAAUGUAAUUGUCCAGAGUCUCUCCACAAAAUCCGAUCCGGAAAAUGUAGCUAAUGUGAUUGUUAAUCAGAGGAAAGAUAAUUUGGCUAUUUUGACUCCCAUCUCGGACAACUGGAAUGUCCGCUUGGAGCAGAGUAAUGAUAACAGGGCUAUGCAGACAAAUCCAGGACAAUACAAUCUCACAGAUUCCCUAAAUACAUUGCCUCCUUUGACAGCAAUCCAACCAGAAAGCAAUAAUGUCCCUUCAAGUGAAGAGAAAAACUUUAAGGUGCUCGAGGAAUCAACCAAACAGGAAGAAAAGAUGAAGGUAGAAUUGCCGCAUAAGAAAAGGAUUCCUAGGAAGAAGGAUACAAAGGCUGCGAAGAGUUUGAAGACUAAUCCUCCUCAAACGCCAACGCGGGAUUCUGUAAUUUUUCCGGAAGUCACUGAAGAGAUAUCAUUAAAAUCUCCAAUAGAAUUUACCUGUCAGCUCUGUAGCAAGAAGAUGUCAGAGCAAUUUGCAUUUUUCUGCCAUUUGAAGUCACACUAUGAUACGCGUCCAAAGGUUCGAAGUGUAGCCAUUCAAGUUGGGGAAGAUCCAGAGAAGACGGAUCCGACGGAUCAGGAAGCCAAUGAAGUGAUAGUGAAGUCUGAGAAGGACUCUGAACGGACUCUGCUGCGAUUGGAUGAGGAGUUCAGUGAUCCGGAGGAUAUGCUAGAGGGCAUACGGGGAGUUGUGGAUAAAGUCCAGGAGCAAUCAGGAGAAGAUGAUACCCAAACGGAUGACAACCACGAUGGAUUGGAUAUCUAUGGGAAAGAUUGGUAUUCUCAAGAUUCCCUCAAUGUACCUGACGGCUUGGAACAUCACGAGGCAAACCUACAAGGAGUCCCGGAAAACUUUGUCCUGUACAUAAAUAAAACUGAUCUGGAGAAGCAUAUUGAAACGGAUAAUCCCAUCUUCCCAGAGCAAAUCAAUCAAACGGCCAUAGAGAAAGCCCUCAUGGAGACCAUUCCGGAUUUGAACAAGGAAUCCGAGAUUGAAAUAAAGCCAACAGUAGUUGAGUCUUCCGCUGAAGUAUCAGUCCGUAAAACACGAAGUGGGAGGAAUACGAAGAAUCCCAAUGAGAAAGUUUCUCAGGUGAUACCAGUGAAAGAGAAAUUGAGAAAGAGGAGACCUAAGGCGAUCAAGGAGUCCAAAGUUAAUGCAGUAGCUGAGGAGGAUGGUGCUGAGAAAGAUGUGAAGAAACCAGUGAAGAAGACUUUGAAAUGCGAUGAGUGUCAGAGAGAGUUUAAUUCCCGGAAUGCCUUGAGGUAUCACGUUCUCUCUCAUACUGGCCAGAGGCCGCAUCAGUGUGAUGUCUGUGGGAAGUCUUUCUACUCGAGUAGCGCCCUGAAAGUGCACAAGAGACUCCAUACGGGAGUCAGGCCAUACUCCUGUAAGCACUGUGGUAGGAUGUUCAGGCAGUGGGGAGAUCUGAAGUAUCAUAUCACAUCAAAGCAUUCAGAUGAGAAAAAUCAUCAGUGUGAAUUCUGUGGUAAAGACUUUGCCAGGAGGUAUUCCCUCGUCAUCCAUCGAAGGAUCCAUACGGGAGAGAAAAACUACGCUUGUGACUACUGUUCAAAAUCCUUCAGAGCUAGUUCCUAUCUUCAGAACCACCGGAAAAUCCAUACCGGCGAGAAGCCCUACACAUGCACGAUAUGUCCGAAAAAAUUCAGAGUGAGAGGAGACAUGAAGAGACACUUGAAUACCCAUUAUCCUAAGACUGAUGUCAAGGACAAGGCUUCAAAGGGCAAGAAGAAGCAGAAGAAGAAUGAAAGUACCGAAGCAUCUCAGAAUGCACCACCUACUGCCUUGCCAUCAAUCCCACCAGAAGCCAAUCCGGAGCAGGACGGUGGGCUUAUCAAAGUAGAACUAGGCAGUGUCACCUACGAAAUCCACAAUCUUCCCAGCGACGAAGAGACUGCACCAUCAGAUCACAGGGCUCAGACCACAUCGACUGAUGGGGCGUAUGCAAAUCUCUGUGGCGAGUUGCCGCAUUUGCGUCAUAAAAGUGCCUUUGAGGCAACUUUUUUCCCACGAAAUUAACAUUCUUAUGUGAUAUCGGAAUUAGUUGGUACUUCCAAUCACUUCUCGACAAAUUGCAUCUUCCGGUGAAUGAAUUGCACGUAGGCACAUUCACACAGCUCAAACGUUCACAUGAUGCGUUGCGUGUACAAACAGUGGGUGGCAAAAUUAGAGAAACGAUUUAUCAAGUGAAAAUGAAAGUGGGUUAGAUUGAAACUAUCUCCGGGCAAAAGGUUUUUUUUUAUAUGGAGCUUAUGCAGAAAAAUUUUCAUACGAAUCUGUAAUGGAAUGUGAGAAAGUGGCUUCAACUUUGAAGGCCACUUGCCAGGGAGUAGGAUUGAAAAGAUCUACUGAGCGUUCCAUCUCCUGAGUUCAGUGGAAUGAGUUUAAAAUAAUCAACCGUUUAAAAUAAUUAGCCGUUUCCAUAUAUUGGGUUAGCACAGCACUUUUUGUUUGAAAACUUCUGACCGGUCAGUUGAUCGAUUCAGCAGAAACAUGCUGAAAACGCUGCUUUUUUCAGCUAACUAUGAUUGCUGGGUUGCUGUGCCAUUUUUGUUUAAAAUUUUCCUAUUUAUCAAGCGUUAGCGAAUCUGCCUCAUCAUCUUCUAGGGCGAAGAGGAUAAAAAGAUAGAUAGAUAGAUAGGUAGAUAGAUUAUCAGCGAUAUCAGCAAUGCUUAUAAGGAGAAGCACAAGUGAGGUAAUAGUUUCUUUUUAUAGCGGCCAUCGCCGUCUUAGCAUUGAUCACAAACCUCAUGAGUGAAAACGAUGAAAAAAUCUAUCACAGGUUGGGAUGGAAAAUAAGACGUCGAUAACGGUUAUUGUUUUGUGAAUGAAAGAAGAAAAAGACCUUUUAAUCUGGAACAGAGGUGUGCAAGAAGCAUGAAACCGACCAAACGUCUAAUGAAACUUGUACGACAAUGGUCAAAACGCUACCUAAACCAACUUAUUUUGACGUUUAUUCGGUUUCAACGGUUUUUGCACACUUCUGCUGGAGUCUCCCAGCAAGCACCAAAUGCUAUCCUAUUUCAAUUCAGCUGAAAAUAUUUGUAUUUAAAGAUGAAUUCUGCUAACCUUAAACGAAAAUUCGCGAAUCAGUGCCAUUUUCAUAUAUUUGGUUAGCACUUUUUGUUCGGUGACUGCUGAUCGGUCAGCACAUUUUUGGUGAUCAAUUCAGCAAAAAUAUGCUGAAACCGCUAACUUUUCAGCUAAGUGUGCUCAAAGGUUAUGUUGAACAUAACCUUCAAAAAGCUGUUUAAGCUACCAAAAUAUAUCAACUAUUUCCUCAAGUUCGGCCGUUUGAGAAGUAAAUUAACCGAUUGGAAAAAUAAUUUAAAAAAAAUAAUUGAGGUUAUUUUUAAAAAACCUGUAAACAACUCCAAGUUCUCUUCUUUUUUCAAAAGCUAUCAUCAGGUUGUUAUUUUAGAGCGUCUAUACAUUGGGAGCAAUUAUCGUCAAAAAAUGUUUUUUUGAAGGAAAUUGUUCGCAGUGGGUGUAGAUAAAAACGUCAAAAUUCUGUCAAAAAUGCCAUUUUUGACAAAAAUUGCUCCCAAUGUGUACAGGCCUUUAGACUCAGGGCGUAAACAAGUUUGCUACUCAUGGUUCACUUUGAGUGUUAUCCCGAUCCAAGAGACUGAUUGUGCGAUCAGCGCGAUUUUGUAAACAGAUCGGCGUAAACUGCCAAUCUGCCACUCACGGUUCACUCACUAGCUAUAGUUAUUGACACCUGUAGGGGAAUUCUGUAAUAGUGUGACAAUGUCAUAUGACAAAUUUAGGAAAUUCGGAAAAACUAAUCGAAAAUCACUGUCAUACCACUUGCUAAGAGCUUUAUAGAGCUCCUUGCAAUGGCUAUUAGAUGCUCACUGGCCUUUAAUGUUGUCCUAUUUGCAAAUUCAAUUUGACAAUUUAUCAUAUGACAUUGUCAUAUCAUUGCAGAAUUCCUUUGCUGGUUAGACCCAAUAUAACCUAAAAUUUUAAAAUACUCCGAUUACCAAGCAAAGGCAAGGCAAUUAGACUUUCCUAAUAUUACGUACAGAGAACAUCCAUAACCGAAGAUACAAUUUAAUAAAAGUACGUGCUAUAUCGUUUCAGAUGUAAUGCUACCCACUUGAUGAUAAAAUAAAAAAAAAAUUACAACGAUCACUUCCUAAAAGUACCAAUAAUUCUGUAAGCUAAUCUUUCGAAAAAUAAUUAUCAAUUAGAAAAUAGUCAAUGUUACGUAAGUCGAUUUUAACAACAUAAUGGCCUAGACACACGACUUAAGCCGAGAGACGGCUUAACUUAAUUAUAAUCAAAAUAAUUUCCUACUAACUGAACCGUUUUUCAGCUGAAGCCGAGAGACUGAUUAGUCAGAAACUGAUGGAAAUGUCAUCUGAUCACUAUUUUGAUCACAAUUACGCUAAACUGUCUCUCAGCUUAAGUCGUAAGUGUGCCUAGGGUAUAAGUUUAAAACAUGUAACUAAAUUUAUUUCUAAGCUUUCAUGAGGACCAGUUUAAAUUUUUGACAAUAGAUCAGCUCGAAUUAUUCCUGGACUUUUUUUUUGCAGAAUAGAAUUUCUGUAAUUAGUAUUGAAAAUAAUUCUAGCAAUUAAUGCAUUGCGUAGUUUUCAAUCAAUUUGAAUUAUUUUCUCACAUGAGAUUUCUUCGAAUUACGAUUGAUUUUCCCAUGAAUUGAGAAAUUAUUAUUUAUUGCUCAAUUACUAAGAAUGACGUUGACGAUUUAUCAAUUAGUCUUUUCACUAGAUUUUCCUAGUUUUAACAACUCAGUUAAUUUAUUGAAACAUGGAAAAUUAUUUCGUGUUUUCUAAUUUUAUUACAAAAGUUAGAAUGUAAUAUAAAAAGUACAAGGGCAUAGAAUUAUGAAUGGAAAUUUUUAGUGAUAUAUCUACAUCUCAUAAGGAUCCAUAAAUGACUAAGAUCAAAAAAAAAAUCUUAAAAUAAUGAAUAAUAAAAAGAAAAUUGAUAUUAAGUAAAAGAAAAAA